AUGGCUCAAGGGAGAGAAGGGAAUGGUGUGAAAAGAAUUCCAGUGUACAAACAUGAAACAAAAUCUACAGGCAAACUUGAUGACGAAAGUAACUUAGUGGUACAAACAAGCAGGGAGCAGGACGAUGAAAAUGUACAGGAUAAAGCACUUGUGUUUAUUGUGGAUCGUGUAAGAGGGGCCCCGAAUGGAGAUGGUAGCUUGAGAUUCACUGGAUACCAUCAGAGAACAGGAAAAGUGAUUAAUACAAGGAAUUCUGGCUUGGUAUGGAGCACUACUCCUGUGAAAUCUAAUAUCAAACAAGGGUACUUCAUCUUUGGAGAGCAGGAGAUGUCAUUCUAUGAUGUGAUGCCUGAAGAGGAUAUGAUUUUAAUAAUCCGUUUUUACCACUGGCCAAAUGGAAACGUAACAACUGCACCAUGGGACAUUAACCAGAGCAUGGAAAAGUUAAUGGAAAGCGAGGAGUGGUUGGUGGCUUGGGGAGUGCUGAGAUUGUCAUCGCCUGCAGAUUCUCAUGCCUUGCAGACUCAAAGCCAUGUCAUAACAUGGAACACUGGGACACACACUGUGGCACUGUUUCAUGGACCUGUCCCUUCUCCUCAUGAUCUUCUGGUGCUGCCUGGAGAACACCUGCGUGACAUAUGGGAGCCUUAUGGGAAUGCCACAGUAAGACUCCAUCUGUUCACUGGCAGCAGACCCUCUGCUCUUACUAUUCCAGAUUCUCCCGCUGAUACAAACACGAUUAAAGAAUGGCCUACUCUUGUCUACAUACAUCAUGCAAGAAAAUUGCCACCAUCUUUGCCAUUUACUGGAGGGGAUGGAUUUGACCUGUACAUUGAUGGGGCUCGAUUCCUCCCAGAUGCUGUCACCAUCAGCAGAGUUACGGGCCGUAUGUUUAACCGGAACUAUAACCAAAUUGGUCCAGACAUAUCUUCAGGGAUUGAUCUGAACAGCAACAUAUUUGAGCCCUUUUACAAUCACCGUACAGAAUUCAGGAACCCCCGAAUGCCACCAUCAGCUACAUUGCUACUGAAGGUUUACGCCAUCGAUAGAUUCAGUUUGAAGUUGGUUUUGAUUGGCUGGGCAGCUCUGAAUGUCUUUGUGGAGUCAGGCAAUGAAACGAUCCCAACUGUGGAUUCUGGAGUGGUUCAGAUCUCACUGAAUGAAGGUGCUCACCAACUGCGGUUGUACUAUGAUGGACCUGACCCAGAUAAGCCUUUAUCAGUCAAUGCUAUUACAGUAGGAGGAAGGUAUAUUCCAUGUGCUACCUUACUGGUGAGAUUGGUGAAAGUACAAACUGACAAGAACCUCCAAGCACUUGAGAGAGACAAGGUGCCCAAAAGUGAAUGGACUAAACUUGGUCUUUUCCAGCCGAGGCCAAACUAUGAAGAUAAAGUGUACUAUUCUGAUAAGGCCAGACCAACCACAGGUGAAAAUGAUCUGUGCCAUACCAUGCUUAAUAGAUCUUUUGUUUCAGUUCGAGAAAUAGUUCCAAUGAUAAUUGGCACCAAAGAACAAGAAUUUAGGACAGAUAUUGAACUACAAAACUGGAUCCACAUGAAACUUUCAAAACUGGUGGAUGAUAAACCAUUGACUUUCAACAUGACCUAUAUAAGCAGAUACCUCACCACAUAUGGCAUAAAGUUAUCUGUGGACAGAGCCAAUAAUUUACCCUGGGAUAACUUCACAUUAGCUCACACCUCAUUCAAUCCACCAGGUGCUUAUUAUUACGGCAGUCCUUGGGCGAAAUAUGAUCACCCUGCUUUCAUAGACAACAUUGAUUUCGACAGUCCACAGAAGUGCCCAAUAUGGUUGGAUAAUUUUAAGUCAUUUCCAGGCCGAGUUUACAACAAGUACCUCACAGUGAUUGUCCACCUUCAUGAAGUUGUUGUCUCCCCACUAGAGACUAAUGCACUUAAUUAUGAAAUGAAGGAGCAGGCCUGGACUGCCUUACAGGUGUUUUCUAAAGGCUACUGCAACACUGCAAUUUAUCAUCUGCCACUGUAUCAAGGAGCUCCCAAUCAGGAUGUCUUGGCUGCUUUAGCAAGGGGAGACUGUCAAAGUGUUCUGGAUGAUCUUGUACAUAAGAAUACUAUUUUUCGGCUGAGAGGUGCAUCAGUGCUUGUCCGUAUUGCAGAUGGAAGGAGGGAUGAAGAGCUAGCAAGAUAUUCUGAACAACAUAUCAAUCAGUCAUAUUUGUCAUCUGAACUCAUUGAACAGUAUGAACCAGAACCCAGUAAUGUGUUACUGAGGCAGCUGAUUCCUGCGGGCCUGUCUGUUGGAGACUUUAAGAAACAGUUAUCACAGAGAUUCAGAGAGCUAGUGUCAAGUUGUUGAAGACAAGCUCUAAGUUCCAGAUUCAUACCAGUGAACAAGCAGCAAAGUCAGCAAGAAACCAACCCAACAGUAUUGCACUUUCUGUAUUCAGCCAUUUACAAUGCAAGGGGUUUCUUGACAAGUCACCCAACAUGCCAAAGGUAAACCUGCAUUCAAAAGCCCAUCAUAUGGAAAAAAAAAUCCACCAUAUAAUGGUACCAGCAACUAAAACUGGAAUCAAGUCAGAAGGCAAAAUAAAGCUCAAAAUAAAGUA